AUGUUAUUUUAGAGUCAUGCUUUCAUUUACAAUCAGGUAUCAUGUGGUGUGAAGGUGUACUUUCCAAAGAAAAAUGAAGGUUCUAUGGAACAUCUGUGGAUUUGCUCCUCCAAUGAAGGUCAUGGUCAAGUCUCUGUUGUAUCUCUUCAUACAGACAAGCCAUCUCUAAUAGAAUCAUUUCAGGCCACUAAAUGUAUGAUUAUAUGUGUCGAGACUGUGCCAGGUUAUGCCAGGGUCAGAUCAAAGGCAGCAUUUGAAGAAGACACAGUCUGGAUGAGUACAUCAGACUCGGAGAUCCAAGUAUUUAUGCUAAGUGAAAGGCAAGCAGACUUACAUAGACACUGUAUUUAUACAUUUGAAGUUGGCUGUAUAACUAUCUCUAUGAGAUACAUUGACGAUCUUAUGUUUUGUGGAAAUAGGAAUGGGAAGGUGAUCAUUUUCUCCAGAAAUGAUGAUGGUGUUUGGAGUGAAUCAAGGAGAAUAACUCUAGGAUUGAAUCCUGUUACCUCCCUUAUCUGUGUAGGAGAUAAUAUGUGGGCAGCUUGCGGAACAAAAAUCUAUAUCAUUGAUAUAGACACAUACGAGAUUCAGGACAAUGUGGAGCAUCAGCUUACAGAGAAAGAUGACCACACAAUACAUUUUGAGUAUUUAGUGAAGACUGGUGUUGGGGUAUGGGCAUCUUUCAUUGGUCAGCCAAAUAUCUGUCUGUACCACAGUGAGAGCAGGCGACUGCUACAGGACUUCAAUAUCUGCACUGCUGUCCAUGAAUUCAUUAAAGGUAAACUUAUAUGUUAAUCUCAUUUACUUGCUAUUUAAAUAUAUACUAUGCUCAUGUUAGAGUAAAAUAUUUCUAUCCCAAAAAUUAAUUGAAAUCUAUGUAAUUCGUUCUGAAUAUGUCUUAAUUACAAACUGCAAGUGGCAAGCUGCAUAUCCUAUUUCAGGUUACAAGAAAAGUUGGUCCUUUCUUAAAAAACUGUCAGGUUUUUUAGCUCACCUGUCACAAAGUGACAGGGUGAGCUUUUGUGAUCGCUUUUCGUCCGGCGUCCGUAAACUUUAACUUUAAAUGACAUCUCCUCAUAAACCACUAAGCCAAUUUCAUCCAAACUUCACAGGAAUGUUCCUUUGGUGGUCACCUUUAAAAAUUGUUCAAAGAAUUUAAUUCCAUGCAGAACUCUGGUUGCCAUGGCAACUGAAAGAAAAAACUUAAAAUAUCUUCUUUUAAAAAACCCGAAGAGCUAGAGCUUAGAUAUUUGGCACGAAACAUCUUCUAGUAAGUGUCUACCAAGUUUGUUCAAAUAAAAGCCCUGGGGCAAAAUUGGCCCCGCCCGGGGGGGUCAUUGAUUUUCCCUAUAUGCAUAUAGUAAAAACUUUAAAAAAAUCUUCUUUUAAAGAACUCAAAGAGCAAAAGCUAAGAUAUUAAGCAUGAAACAUCUUCUAGUGAGUGUCUACAAAGUUUGUUCAAAUAAAAGCCCUGGGGUCAAAAUUGGCCCCGCCCCGGGGGUCAUUGAUUUUCCUUAUAUGUGUAUAGCAAAAACUUAAAAAAUCUUCUUUGGAAAAACCCAAAUAGCUAGAGUUAAGAUAUUUAGCAUGAAACAUCUUCUAGUGAGUGUCUACAAAGUUUGUUCAAAUAAAAGCCCUGGGGUCAAAAUUGGCCCCGCCCCAGGGGUGUCAUUGUUUUUAACUAUAUGUGUAUAGCAAAAACUUAAAAAAAUCUUCUUUUGAAAAGCCUAAUGAGCUAGAACUUUGAUGUUUAGCAUGAAACAUC